AUGAUCCCAACUGCUAGGUCUGCCCUCCGAGCAGCCAUCAUCCUAAGCUCCAUUUCCACAUCAAAAGCCGCCGUCAUCGAACAGAGAUUUGAUGUUCUCGUCGCCGGCAAUACUGCAAUUCUUCCAGGGGCAUGGACAUUCCAGGGCUGCUAUACGGAUAAUGGCCCUACCCGGACUCUUUCAGGAGGAGGAUAUAAUGAUGGAGCGGCCAUGACCCAGGAGUCAUGCGUAUCUUACUGCUCUUCUAAUAAUUUUGCUUAUGCCGGAAUCGAGUAUUCAGCUGAAUGCUAUUGCGGCAAUGCUAUUGCCACCGGCGCGAUCUCGUCAAACCCGGCUCAAUGUUCCAUGACAUGUCCAGGUGAUGCUACCGAAGGAUGUGGAGGGCCAAGCCGAUUGUCGCUUUUCUGGAGUGGAAAGACUAUUGCUGCUCCCGCCAACAAAAUCUCCAUUGGAAAAUAUGAAUAUUACGGCUGCCAGACUGAGGCUACUGAUGCUCGCGCAUUAGCUUCGACCUCGACUGCUUCUAGUUCGAUGACCAAUGAGGCUUGUGCGACGUUCUGUAGCGGGUAUUCUUAUUUUGGAACAGAAUAUGGCCAAGAAUGUUAUUGCGGGAACAGUUUUGGUGCUGGAUCUGUACCUGCUCUCAAUUCUGAAUGCAGUAUGGGAUGUGCAGCUGACUCCAGCGAGUUCUGUGGGGCAGGUAAUCGUCUCACAGUCUACUUUAAGAAUGGGACUGCAUCAGCAGCUUCUUCUGCUGCAUCAAUCGCUUCUUCACCUGUCGAUUUAUCUGCAGCUGCUUCUACUGCCUCUGCAGCACCUACUCCUACCGGAUUUCCGGCUGGAUGGACUUCACAAGGAUGCUGGGUCGAUGGGGCGAACGGACGUAUUUUGACUCAUCAACAAGCUGAUAGCCAAACCAACACCCUGCAAACCUGUGCGCAGACCUGUUAUGGUCUCGGGUAUAGCAUUGCUGGGGCUGAAUAUGGAGUACAGUGCUUUUGCGACAACUUCGUAUAUGCUGGUGGUGCCCUUGCAGCCAAUCAAGGCGAUUGCAAUACACAAUGUCCUGGAGCAACAUCCGAGAACUGUGGAGCUGGAAGCCGAAUGACCAUUUACUCUAAUUCAACCCCGCAAGUUUUCCAAGCCCCAGGUCCGCAACAGGCUGGGCUUCCAACUGGCUGGGCGUAUGCUGGUUGUCUUCAAGACAACAUUCCUGCCGCUGAAAAUGCUCAAAUCAGCAUUUCUGUGUUCCCAUACAAAUUAUGGGACAGCGCGACUAACACCCCAGAAGCAUGUAUCAAGCAGUGUCAAGAGUUCGGAUUCAACGCAGCUGGUUUGGAAUAUGGCUCUCAAUGCUACUGCGGUGAUGGUGCAAACCGCUUUGUUGCGUCUUUGCCACAGACUUCAACUGACCCCACUGAUCCAUUUGUUUACACUUACGGAACUCCUCCAACAACACGCCCUGACACGGAAUGCGACUCUGGCUGUACAGGGGCUCCCCAGUAUCUAUGUGGGUCAGGAAAUAGGCUCACUUGGUACACCUAUAACGCAACAAUCCCACUCUACACAUGGAACACCCCUACUGGAUCUGCUGCGGGCGAGUACUCCCUACUGAUUGGUGGGGUCGUCGUACCUCUUAUGACGAACCAAGCAAUCACUGGCAAGGUCACGUUCGUGGAGAAGGCUGGAACUGGUGAACCGAAUGGCACGGGAGCAUACGAAUUGGAUCUCACGCAAAUCGACAACUUCAGUGCAGCUUGGAGGACUAUGACAGAGCCAAAGACUGACACCUUCUGCUCUGCUGGUUUCACUUUACCUGAUAAAGCUGGCCGACAAAUUACAGUCGGGGGAUGGACAGGCGACUCGAAUUUUGGAGUUAGGUUGUAUUGGCCCGAUGGGUCUCCGGGUGUCAAAGGUGUGAAUCAAUGGGUUGAGGACCCAACGAACCUCCGACUUCAAGUCGCACGAUGGUACCCAACUGCAUUGAUCAUGGCCAAUGGAUCCAUCUUAAUUGUCGGUGGUGAAAUUGGACAGAAUGAUGCAGAACAACCGACACUUGAACUUCUGCCGGCCACUGGUGUUCCUGACACAAGUACGGUCAGUGGAUAUUCCAAUACAACGAAAUACUUGGAUUUCCUUGACCGGACUGCACCUUUCAAUCUCUACCCAUGGAUUACGGUUGUGCCUUCCGGUAUCCUUAUCGUCUAUUAUAAUGAAGUGCGCAUUAUAGACGAGGUGAACUUCAACACUGUCAAGACGCUUCCCAACAUGCCAGGGGCUGUCAAUGACCCGACAGGAGGACGAACUUACCAAUUGCAAGGUGCUACAGUCAGUCUGCCUCAGUAUGCACCAUUCACUGAUCCUCUUGGUAUUUUGGUCUGCGGUGGAUCUACUACCGGCGCUGGAUAUGCCAUCGAUAACUGUGUUUCCACCCAGCCAGAAGCAGCUAACCCAACCUGGACCAUUGAAAGAAUGCCUUCUCGACGUGUGAUGCCCUCCAUGGCCGGUCUCCCCGAUGGCACCUAUCUCAUCCUCGGCGGCGGCCAGCACGGCGUCGCCGGCUUCGGUCUCGCAGGCUCUCCGAACCUAAACGCCGUUCUCUACGACCCCACCAAGCCCGUCAACUCGCGCAUGAGCAUCAUGGCCAACACCACCGUCCCGCGCCUCUACCACUCCGAAGCCAUCACGCUUCUCGACGGCCGAGUCAUGGUCUCCGGCUCAGAUCCCACAGGCGACUACACGGACCCCGCCGGCAGCUUCCCGGAGGAAUACCGCGUCGAGGUCUUCAGCCCCCCCUAUCUCCUCUCAGGUGCCGCAAGACCAACGUUCACGAUCAGUAACAAUGAUUGGAGCUACGGCGCUUCUAUCACUUUCACUUCCUCAACUGGCGGUAUCAAAGUCUCGCUCCUCGGCUCCGUAUCUUCCACCCACGGCAACUCGAUGGGUCAGCGAACCCUCUUCCCAGCAGUGACUUGCGCCGGCACCUCAUGCACAGUAACAGCCCCUCCCAACGCCCACGCCUGCCCACCGGGUUGGUACAUGAUGUUCGUGCUCGACGGCCCGACGCCCUCUGUGGGACAAUUCGUUCGUAUUGGUGGCGAUCCCGGUAAUCUGGGAAACUGGCCCAAUCUGCCCGGGUUUGAUCUUCCGGGCACUGGGCCAGUUUAA